UUAAGAGAACAUGCCUAGAUAACUAAUUGGAAAGAGCAGUAAUUAGUAUCAUAGAGGUAGUGAUAGAGGGAAUAAGAGAAGUAUAGGUAACGGUUGUGGUAAUGGUACCGAUAGCAACAGCAAGAAACUCAGGAAGGGUUGAGCGGCAGGUGAUCCUGUCAUCCACCUGGCACUCUGGAGCGGAAGUCGAAGGGAUGGGCUCAGCUACUGGUGUUCACUUCACCUCACUUCACGAUACUUUUUACUGCCUUGCGUCUCGUGUUUUUCUUUCGCCGACACACUCCCUCUGUCCAAGAUAACACCCUGGCAAGCACACUGCAGAAAUCGUCACUGUCGAGUCAAGACGUCGGUUUACCAGGGGUUCGCCAUUGCUUCAUGAUUCGUUCAUAGAGUUUGGCCAUCUACCAAUCUUGGGACGCCUCACUACCCUUCCAUAGUUGAUGCAGUAGUUCUACCACUACCACUCCCACCAGCCCC